CAAACUUGUAAUGAAAAUCAAUCGUCACCGUUGAUUUACUCCUAUAAAAGACACGCUAGGGCUUUAGUAUUUCAGCUCUCUCUUCUCGCAAAGCCUCAGAAUUCGGCUGCAAACCUUGAGCACAAAGUCAUGGUUUACGUUAAAGCUCAAAAGUCUAAGGCUUAUUUCAAGAGAUUUCAAGUUAAGUUCAAGAGAAGGCGAGAGGGCAAGACGGACUAUCGGGCCAGGACUCGUCUUAUCAAUCAAGACAAGAACAAGUACAACACCCCGAAAUAUCGAUUGGUUGCACGAUUUACCAACAAGGAUAUUAUUGCACAAAUUGUAUAUGCUAGUAUUUCUGGUGAUAUGGUUCUUGCAGCAGCUUAUGGACAUGAGCUUCCUUGCUAUGGACUUGAAGUUGGCCUUACAAAUUAUGCUGCAGCUUAUUGUGUUGGACUCCUUUUGGCUCGCCGAGUUCUGAAACAGCUGGAAAUGGAUGCUGACUAUGAGGGAAAUGUUGAGGCAACUGGGGAGGACUUCAGUGUUGAACCAGCAGAGAGCAGGAGGCCUUUCCGUGCUCUACUUGAUGUUGGUCUUGUCAGAACAACCACUGGUAACCGUGUUUUUGGUGUUCUCAAGGGAGCUUUGGAUGGCGGAGUUGAUAUUCCUCACAGUGACAAGAGGUUCGCCGGAUUUAACAAGGACAGUAAGCAACUUGAUCCUGAAGUUCACCGCAAAUACAUUUACGGUGGGCAUGUUGCUGCAUACAUGAGGACUUUGAUGGAAGAUGAGCCAGAGAAGUACCAGACUCACUUCAGUGAGUACAUAAAGAGAGGCAUCGAGCCUGACAGCUUUGAGGGAAUGUACAAGAAGGUUCAUGCUGCUAUUCGUGCAGAUCCAGAUGCAAAGAAAUCUGAGAAGGAACCUCCCAAGGAGCACAAGAGGUACAACCUGAAGAAACUGUCUUAUGAGGAAAGGAAGGCCAAGUUGAUUGAUAGAUUGAAAGCUCUCAAUUCUGCCGCUGGAGUUGAAAAUGAUUCUGAUGAGGAUGAUGAUUAAGCUGCGGGAGUUGGUGUUGAUGCUAAGGAUGAUGAACAUGCUGAGUGGACCCAGCCUUAAAAUUUUAGAAUUUUGCUUGUUUAUUAGGGAUGAGAAACUAGCCUUUUUGCCUGCGGAUCUUUUGUUUAUGUGGGAUUGCUUUUUCAGUUAUUUGGUACUUUUCAUUACUAUGUAACCGUGUCAAAAUCUUCACUUGGAUUACCUUCCAACAGUCUGUUGACAUCUUAAAAUAUCGGUUGGUUACUUUA